AUGACCGUUGGGCAAUCGAGACCCAUAGAAAGAAAGGGUGAGGCAUUACACUUGCAAUGCCACGGAAAAACGCGGGCAGGACGGUAUGACACGGUGCUUACCAUCAGGAGGAAGCUUACGAAUUGCACGCUCUCUCGCGCAGGAUUUUCUUUGGCCUCUGGCACGGGCUUGGAUUUUCAAUUUGUUUGGCAGGGGUACUGCCAGGGUGAAAUCUAUAACUGGCUGAGGGCCUACAACAGCAUUCAUGGCUAUGUAUCCCUAAUGAUUUGCAUUUUCGGAACGAUAGCAAACAUCUUGAACAUAAUGGUGCUAACCAGAAAGGAAAUGGCCAAGGCGCCCAUCAACAACAUACUGAAGUGGUUGGCCGUCGCUGAUAUGUUUGUGAUGCUCGAGUACAUACCCUACACCUCCUACCAGUACAUAUACAUGGAGCCGGGUGAUAAGGACCUGAGCUAUGGGUGGGCCGUGUAUCUGCUGGUGCACAUGCACUUCACUCAAAUCCUGCACACAAUUUCUAUUGGCCUGACAGUGAUGUUGGCCGUGUGGCGCUAUGUGGCGAUUAGACAUCCAAAUGAGGGCUGUGCCAAUUUUCUGCUCGCAUAUUCCAGGGAGGCCAUACUCUUUCCGUUCAUCAUUUCGCCGAUUCUCUGCUUGCCCACGUACUUUGUGUUUCAGGUGCGGGAGACGCACGAUGUGGACACUGUGGACCACGAGGCCCUUUACCAUGUGUACUUUGAUGCCGACUCGGUUCUGUACAGUUUCAAUUUCUGGAUAUAUUCCGUGAUCAUCAAGCUGUUGCCGUGCAGCGCCCUGACCGUCAUCAGUGUCGUCCUAAUGAAUGUCCUGUACGAGGCCUCGCGUCGUCGCCUCAAGCUGAAGGACUACGGCCAUGCCAACAAAUAUGCCACCCAGUUAUGCCUUAAUGACACCAAGUCCAAAAGGCCACCGCGAUGCGAUCGGCGAAACGAUCGCACCACUCUGCUGCUGGUGGCAGUGCUGGUGCUGUUCCUGGUCACCGAAUUUCCGCAGGGAUUGCUCGGACUGCUGUCCGGGAUGAUGCAGAAGUGCUUCUUCGCCCACUGCUAUCCGCCCUUCGGGGAGCCGAUGGAUAUCCUCGCCCUGAUCAAUGCGGCUGUCGGCUUCGUGCUAUACGGCCUCAUGUCGAAGCAGUUCCGCACCACCUUCCGUUCGCUGUUCUUCAAGCGGCACUUCGGCAGCACAGAGAUGACCCGGAUAACCCGCGUCACCACCACGUGCGUCUAA